AUGGCAUUCUCUUUUAAAAAUUUAACUAUAGCUAAUGCGGUUGGGUUAGUGUCUUGUUACGGAAUAUUUUAUUUUCAUCAAAGAAAACUUACUGAAUCAAUUAAAAAUUCACAAAUUUACAAGGAAGCAAUUGAAAUUGCUCGUAAUCACAAAGGUGCUUUACAUGUAUUAGGAGAUCCCAUAGAAGAUUAUAAAGUCACAUUAAAUAGAUCUUUUUUUUUUAAUGGAUCAGUUGAAUUAGAAGUAGACCUUAAGGGUUCAAAAAGUUUUGGUAAAGCUUUUAUUCAAGCAGUAGGAGAAAAUGAAUCUUCAUUAAAAUUAGACUCAAUAUAUUUACAACAAGGAAACGAUAAAUCUAAAUUGAUUCGACAUGAGAAAACAAUACAAAACAAUUGUAAUAUUAACAAUAUAAGUGUAUAUAAUAAAGCCAAAUAA